AUGUGUCCCAUUGGAGCUACAGUGGUGUCAUCACGGCCGCUGCUAAGUGUAUAUGUACUAUCUGACCAGUAUCAUAGAAUAGCGCCAGUUUUACUGCGGUGGACGACGUGGAACCUAUUAAAGACGACGCGACCUCCUGUUCAAGAAGCAACAAGCCAACAUGAGACCGAACGAACUGGUUUUAAAGAAAUUAAUUCAAAAGUUGUGAAUGAAUGGAUAAAGGGUAGUAACUUUUAG